AUGAAUGGAAAUGUUUCCGAAUGGUAUAACGAAUGCGACAAUGCCAUUAGAAGGUCAGAAAUAGUUCCUGGAACUUACGAAUAUACAACUGCUGUUUCUUAUGGAAACGUAGGUGAGUUUGGAGAAGGUUCUUCAACAACAGUAGAUAUUGCUUGCGACAGGUUUCAUAUUAUUUCUAUUGACAACUCUUUCUUAUACGUGGAACAAGACAUUGAAAUAAAACCUUCUGCCAAGUUGUCUGAAAAGAAAGGUUGCAAUGGAAUUUUCUAUGUCGGAUACCAAUAUGCUCCAGAAGUUUUCAUGGGAUAUAAGAUAUAUUCUAACUCUGACUUAGUUCAAACAGUAACAUGGGCAAACUAUGAAUGGUUCGCUUUAAGAAACUCAGUACAACCACAAGCUAGAGAACAAACAGACCAGUAUGCAACUAUUGAGAAAAUAAGAAGACUUGACCCUAACGUUCCAGGAGUUUAUGUUAACCUUUCUGGUUCAGAUGGAACUGCUGCCACUAAAGUAAAACUGAAACUUAGAGUUCCUUUGUCAUCUUUCCUCAUCUUCAGGUUUUUAAGAUACUUGCCAAACUGGGCAGGAAAAAUUUCUAUCGAACUUACUCCAAGCAAAAAUAACUUAGUCAUUGCACCAACACAAGACCCAUUCACUCUUACAGACGUAAAGGGAACAAAUAAAACGUCAUUCGCCGAAUUUUGCAAAGACAAAGUUGACUUAGACUUUGGUUUCUCAAACCUCAACACUGAAGUAAACUAUUAUUUCAAUGCUGCUGGAGAUGCUUGGGACCCAGUUAAGUUCACAUGCGAAAAAUUUGAAUGCAAGAGAAUAGAAAGCAGACUUGCAGUCUAUAUGUUGGACCCAGAUAUUUCAAAUGCUUUAGCUGCCAAAUAUAUUGCAGUUCCACUUAUGUUCCCUAUACACCAAAUAUCUGUCAAAGACUUUGCAGGUGAAGUUGGAAACCAAA